GGUGGUAGUGGGAUCCAGGUGCGGCGGGAGGAGGGGCGGGUAGAGGGAGACGGAUGGAUCCAGACGCGGUGGCGAAGGCGUUCGUGGAGCACUACUACACGACGUUCGAUGCGAACCGGGGGGGGCUGGCGAAUCUGUACCAGGAAGGGUCGAUGCUGACGUUCGAGGGUCAGAAGAUCCAGGGGUCGCAGAGCAUCGUCUCCAAGCUCACCUCCCUCCCCUUCCAGCAGUGCCAGCACAGCAUCACCACCGUCGACUGCCAGCCGUCCGGCCCCGCCGGCGGCAUGCUCGUCUUCGUCAGCGGCAACCUGCAGCUCACCGGCGAGCAGCACGCCCUCAACUUCAGCCAGAUGUUCCAUUUGAUGCCGACGCCCCAAGGAAGCUUCUAUGUGUUGAAUGAUAUCUUCCGACUGAACUAUGCAUGAACACAACAUGGGCUUCUUGUCCACAAGAAGUAUCUGUUGCUUGGAUGUCAAGAUUAUACGAUCCAUAUGAUUGCUACCGUCUGGUGCUUGAAUUUUAAAUUGCAUCUGGUUUUUUUUUUUUUUGGAAGGUUGCGUUUAGCAUCAUCCAGUGUUCUCUGUCUCUUGAAGAAUAUGGAUUUGUUCAUGGUGAUUGGUUGAAGUAAAAAUCGCUCUUCUGUUUAUUCCUGUAUUAAGAGUUUGAUAGAAUCGUUUUACCUUUUUUCUUUUGGCCAAAAGUUUGGUCGGGUCAAGCUUUGAAGUUUUGAGAUACAUGUUGCAAAAUUAUCCAACUUUGGAUUUGCCAGCAUUGCAAGUUUGUUCUCUCUA